GGAGGAUAGAGCGUCUCGCUCUGUGGCCGCGAAAAUUCCCUCACCACCAUCCAAGAAGCAACACAACGCAAUAUCUACGGCCAUCGAUCACCAUGGCAGACCGCAUCAGCUACGUCGGCUCGGGGCCCUACUGCUACGCCAACUGCCUGGCCAUGAUGCUCGGCAAGGAGAGCCCCUCGCCAGCGGUCAUCGAGUUCGCCACGUCUAGCGCCUUUGGCAUGCAAAUCAUCGGCGGUGACGUCGUCUUCUUCGACCCCUUUGGCUGGGACCCAGUCGCCUGCUUCGACGCCGCGCUCGAGUCUGCAGGCUGGGCGUCCACCCUCGUCAUCGGGGCCGACGCCGAGGACGCCCUCGUACGCCUCAAGCAAGCCCUCCUGCAGGGUCCUGUCUUCGUGGGACCCUUGGAGAUGGGUCUCCUGCGCCACCAGCCCGAGAUGAAGGGCGCCAUCGGAGCCGACCACUACGUCGUCGUGCUGGGCAUCACCAACGACGGCAUCGUCGAGAUGCACGACCCGCAUGGCCAUCCGUACGCAACACUCCCCGUGACUGACUUCAUGGCUUCAUGGCGCGCGGAGAAGCUCGAUUACGGCAAGCCGUAUAUGCUGCGCACCGACUUUCGCCAGGUCGAACGCGGCAUCAGCGAAGAGGAUGUGAUCCGGCGGUCGCUCGACAAUGCGCGUCGUUGGCUCUCUAUGGAGCAGGGCCCGCACAACAUGCCGCCAUACUCGUGCGGCAACGGCGAAGCGGCCGAGCGGCUGGCGCAGAUGGUCGAGGGCAAGACGCUCGCCAAGAGCAUGCGGAUGGACCUCGUCUACUUUGCCGUUCGCGUAGGGGCGCGCCGGCUGGCCGAUGCGGCGACGUGCCUGCGGCGCAUCGGGAGGGACGACGCGGCGGACAUUGCGACUCGGCAGGCCAGGCUGGUCGGCGCGCUGCAGCACCCGCUCGUCGUGGGCGACGAUGCGCGGGCGGCGAGGCUGCUGCGGGAGCUGGCGCCCACGUACGAGGCGCUGAGGGCGGCGCUGGGAUGAGCGAAGGGGGCUUUGGAGGGAGUGAGUGAGUGACUGACGCGCUGCAAAGAGCAACUGUAGCGAGUAUGUACUUGGUGACGCUGAACAGACGGACGAAGAGGAAAGUAGCCACGGGU